CGCGACGAAGCAAAUCAACGAACGCAUCGAUCACGUCGUCACCAUCAUCGGCGACAUAGGUGUUUUCAACGGACCGGACACGAUCAGCAGCACGGUGGCCGCCAUCAAGACGGACAUCACCAAGCUACAGAUGAGACCGGACGCCGCUACAAAGACGUUCAAGAUGCCGCACUUCGACAUCUGCAAGUUCAACGACUACAACAAGUCGGACGCUUUGACAUGGUGGCAGCGUUUCCUCACGGAAGCGUCAUGCCGCACUGUCCCGGCGAACGACAUGUUGAAGGCCCUCUAUUUGCAACUGAUUGGAGGAGCCCAGGCAUGGAUGAACCACCUGGCGGCCACCCACAAGUGCACCAUCGCCGAACUCCACACGCACAUCACGUGGAAGGAGUUCGAGCAGCUAUGGUUCACCCGGUUCAUGGUCCGCAACGUCGUGAAGGCGGGCAUGAAUGAGGUGUACACAUGCUCUCAGGGGAACAUGCCAACUCGAGACUGGACAACGAAGAGGCAAGAGAUAGUGACCACACCAGGCUUCGACUUGACGUUCCCAAAUCAACGAUCCGAAUUCUUCUCGCGAUCAUGCGCGGGAUUGCCGUCGGCAUUUGGUAAUGAUUACGACAAUACCACAUUCCAAGGCAUUCUGGAUCGAGCGAACUUGGUCAUCCAAACGGACGACAAGGCAGCUAACGAGAGACAAUCCCAGCCGCACUAUGUGGCUAAGCAGGCCUAUCAACGUCCGGCACAUAACAAUACCGUGAUUUCUGAGGAAACCGACGACCACCACGCUGCAGCAGCAUCCUCGAGUGAUGGAGGAAUUGUCGCAGCGCUCCCGCCGAAGCGUCCCAGGAGAGUUCGAAAGAACAAGGCGACACAAGAGACGGCAGCGACGGGAGCAAGGCAGCCAUGGACGGCAUAUACAAUCACCAAGAAGGUCUAUGACCUACGUCAGAAGUACCGAUACUGCCCUUGGUGCAACGAAGUCACCCAUACGGAUGGUCAGACGGAACAAGCGCACCAGACCGCUCAGAUGAUGUUGCGUACCCUCAUCCGUCCCGACCAGAAAGAUUGGGUUGACCGGCUUCCCGACAUCGAGUUCGCCUACAACACUUCGGUGCACCCGACGAUCUGCGUCACACCAUUCGAGCUACAUCAUGGUGGAGAGAAAGCACGGAUCUUCGCUGAUCUCAUUUUGCCACAGGCUGCCGACAUAUACGUCCCUUGCUCUCCCGCUUCCAUCUGGAAGUACCGGGACUUGCUGAUCAAAGCCCGCGCAAAUAUGCAAAAGGCUCAGAUCCGCAUGCAGCAGCAGGCUAACCGACGUCGACUUCCAUGUCCUUUCCGCGAGGGAGACCUUGUUUGGGUCCUCUCCGAGGAAUUUGCACUCGUGCACGAUGUUUCGCGCAAACUCCUUCCGAAAUGGUUCGGACCAUGGGAAGUCACUUCUGCCGUUGGAGACGACCCCACAGGUCCUUCCUUCGUGAUCAACAUUCCACCGCACCUAACAGUGCAUCGGGUCUUCCACGCAUCGAAGCUGGCCAUCUACACACCACCUUCAACUGACGAGUUCCCUGGACGUCGAUCACAAGAUCCGCCUUCUAUGGACGGACAUCAGGAAGUUGACCGAGUCAUCACGCACCGCAAGUAUGGCAACAAGCCAAGGCAGUACAAAGUCACAUUCAAGCAAUGUGCGUCUGAUGACACUCGGUGGAUUUCCAAUACAGAUUUGCAGACUUCUGCACCCCUCAUCUUCGCCGAUUAUGAGAAGCGACACCUUGCUAAGGACGCAGCUCUUUCUUGCCCAAGCAACUCGCCCAAUGUCAGUAUCCAUGCCACCUCCUUCACAACUGCGAUGAACCGUCAAGAUGAAUGUAGAGCCAUCAAAGACUGUCAAUCGUACCAAGACUUCGAAAGACCAUUCCAGUGAAGACGUCCAGGGACUGUUCGCCAUGUCCGUAAGUUUCAAUUAUGCGUACUGCCGAAUGCAAGGCAUAUAUAAUUAGCGUUCCCAUUCAAUGAGCACUUUCAGCCAUCAUGCUCUUCCUGUCUCUGAGGUUCAAAUCCCUUGAGGAGGAGGGUACAUCCUUUCAAAUGGAUCGCAUCGUGAGGAUAACCAAGCCGACACAAAAGCUUUCCACCAUCACAUCGCACCCAGGUAAACGGAGUUCAGGAAACCACAUCGGAUCAAGUACGGCGGAUCAAGUACGGCGUGAUUGUGAUUGAUUUGCUUCUCCGCAACUUCUUCCGUUCACAUACCAGAGGCGAGUCGCUGCACCCUCAGCAACUUCGGCAAUGAUGUUUACAUAUGGGAGAACCCAACAGACAAAAUCACUGCAUGUCUGGGCAAAUAGGCGCAUGAAUGCAGUCGACAUGCUGCAGGCGAGUUGCUACACAAUCCACAACUUUUAUAAGGCAAUUCAGAGAGCCAAAAUCUCUGCAUGUCAGGGGAAAAUAUAGGUACGUGUGCUACUGGAUUCAAAAAGAGCAAGGGAGGUUGCUUGACAACUGGACCACUUCAGGUAUGUUGUGCUGCUGUGGCCCUAAAUCUCGUGGACAAGAGUUGCUAGCACCGUGACCAGAAAACAACCAUUCUUGCUUCUGCGCACCGUUUCUCCGACCACCAAAUAUCCAACUCCCACACAUAAGAGACUGUCACGUGUUUGCGCUCACAACAUCCCAACCCUCCCUCGACGAAAGAAUCCUCCUCUAUGCACUUACCCCCAGUUCAAAUUGCCAAUCAACAGUCAGUGCCUCCAGCACGGAGGCAAAGAAAGAGGAGGAUUGCUUCCCGAUUGCCGAGCACGCCGAAAGUGAUACCCUGCGAGGAAUAACAACCCACAGCGCCCAGCGAGACGAUCCAUGUCCAGCAAAGUGCCCUAGCGCAUGACGCGUAGGAACGAGCAUGCAUGUCCUCCUCCCAACUCCCUGGAAUCUGUAGGCCCUCCCUCCGAUGGUUGUUUUGCGGACUCUAAACAUUCCCAAAUAUACAGAACCCUCUGACAUGUGCUCUCUCUCUCUCUCUCUCUCACACACACACACACACACACACACAUUUAGGAAACCACUACAGUGCAAUCCAGAAGACGGCACUUUCAUUCAUUUGACUGAACUGUUGUUAACAUCUUCAACCACCAGUACUUCAUUACUAUUCCUAUAUUCUUUAUUGUCUACUCUGUAUAUGAAUAUGUAUACAUAUGUCUAAUUCUUAAGAAUAUAAUUCUUUCUGUCUCUGUAACUAAAAAUGCAAUAAGAAAAGAAUCAAUAAUUUCUUACUUCAUGCUCAUUUAUUAGCCAGAACAGAGUCACAAUUCUCCUCAACAAGUUGAUUCUUUUACUCUUAUUGAUUUGUAGAACCCAAUAGUCUUAUGCUACGUAGAAAACCCAUCUACAGAUCAAAACUUGAAAACUGAAUAUGACGUGUAAUCUUUAGGACAAAAAUUUUGUGCUUCGAUAGAAUAACUACCAGUGCCCGACUUCCUGCAUCUCAUUUUCCAAACCACUGUGGAAAAAGGGGCAAGGGCCUUCCCGGUGCUCCCAGCCAUACCCUGCAUUAACUGGCCCGUGCACGUGGAGCGGCUGGGCAGUGUACUACUAAUAGCUUAAUCCUCCACCAGUGCCCCGCAGACUCUUUUCCUGAAAGGCUAUGCUGCUAAAGAAGGUCAUCAAUGGACCCGAUCAUGGUACCUUAUUCGACAGUAGCUCCACCCUGUAAGGGCAGGAUGAAAGUGAAGGGGCCCUACAUAGUACACAGGUAGGUGGUUCAAUAACAAAAGAAACUGCCCAUC